GUCAUUAUCAGCAGCAGCAUCGUGGUUUAUGGACGGCUAAGUGAGUGUUUGUCUCAGUUUAUGUGGCGUUUGUAGCUUCCAACAGCGAAAAAUGAGUGAAAGUGGCGCCGAAGCGGCUCCUGCUGCGGCCAAAGAGCUGCUGGCGCUGAAUCCUGCACAGGAGUCCGACUUCAGAAAGAAGGUUCAGGAGGUGAAGAAGAAGAAAUCAGGCAAGGCAAACCGUCUGACCCCAGGAGUGAUUUAUGUCAGCCACCUGCCCCGAAACCUGGUGGAGCCUCAGCUCAAAUCUUACUUCGGUCAGUUUGGGAAGAUCCUGCGGCUGCGGCUGUCCCGCAGUAAGAAGACUGGUAACAGCAAAGGUUACGCUUUCAUCGAGUUUGACUGCGAUGAAGUGGCGAAGAUCGUUGCAGAGACGAUGAAUAAUUACCUGAUGGGAGAGAGACUCAUCAAAUGUCAGGUGUUUCCUCCCGAGAAGGUGCACGAGAAGCUGUUUGUUGGCUCGGAGCGAGGGUUCAAAAAGCCGACGUAUCCCGCGGUAACGCGUUACAACAAGAAGCACACAGAGGAGGAAAUUGCAAAAAUGACCGGCAAGCUGCUGCGCAAAGAGUCGAGGCUCCGAAAGAGGAUCGCAGCAUACGGCAUCGAGUAUGAAUUCCCUGGAUUUGCGGCUCAGGUUCCUAAGAAGAAGUCCUCCUCCGAUGCCGGGAACGUGUCUUCGUGCACUGACGACAGCACACCUGUCUGCACACCCUCUUUCCUCGAGAGAAGGAAGUCCACGGCGGCGGAAAAUGAUGCUGAUGAUGAGAUCAUCAUCAAGAUGCCAGCUGUAGACAAAGAGGAAGACUCUGAGGAGGAAGAAGAGGAGGAGGAAGAGGAAGAAGAAGGGAGUGACGAGGAGGAGGAAGAGGAAAGCGAGGAGGACUCUGAGGAGGAGGCUGAGUGAAAGUCCUGAGUGUUGUUGUGGACUCUGAGAGCAGAGAAACGAACGUCAGGAUCAUGAACUGAAUCGUUCUGUGUUCAGAAAUCGAUGGGACAUGUUUGUGUGACGGACACCGCUGAAGGCUGAAGACGAGCUGCGGCCGCUCGUGUACGACACACGAGGCUGCGUUUAGAUUUUUUGCUUCGUCUAAAAAUGUGUAAACUAUAAUUCUUCAACAAUAAAUGUAAAUAUGGAAGGAAAGCAGGCGGGAAGGUAACUCGCCUCACCUCUUAUCGCUUCACAUUUCAGCCACAGACUGUAUUUAAAAGAUGGUCGUAACCAAAGGGGCGUCACCUUUGUUGAGGAUACCUGCCACCAUUUACUUCUCAAAUUCUGAAGUGUGUGUGUGUGUGUGUGUGUGUGUGUGUGUGUGUGUGAUGAAUACACUUUAACUGCCGUGUAUUCAUCAGAUAACUGAGGUAAUUUUGAUCGCAGCACAUCUGUGAAUUUAUUAAAUAUUUUCCCAAAUAAAAUUGAAAGUUUAUAUAAAAAACAACCAGAGAUUUCCGAUUUGUUUUAUAGCCUCAGAUUUUCCAGUGUUGCACCUUUUAGACGUCGUCUAAACGCCCAUUCACCCUUACUGGAGAUUUAUGACUCAGUGGAAUUCUACAUCAUAACCACAAACCCCUCUGAAACCCGACUAACCCGACCCUUACUAAAUGGCAUGUCGACAAAGCUCACGCCUCUUGUGAUUGGCCUGUUCAGUACCAUCACCCCUCCUGUGCGUUUCCAGCUAUGUUUUUGGGGCAGUUCUUGAAUUUAGCCAUCAGAAUAAAAUCAUUGUGUCAGUAUAAGGAAAAAUAAUCAUACGGUCAAUAUGAGGACACACAAAUGUCUGCAAAUUCAUGGUGGGAGAUAGCUGAAACCUUCAGAAUGAGCAAAGAAGUGAAAAAACUAGAGGGACAAAUUUAAGAGUGAGAACCUAGAGAGGGGGGAAAAAAUACCUGGCAUUUUGAUUGUAUCAGCUGUCAAGUAAAACACAGGGGCACAACCUCCCCAUAAAUGCUGCCAACGGCAUCAGCUGCUAACAUAGGCUACAUUAUUGACUCUGCAAAGACUCAUUGCAGAAGUCUAAAUCAGGUCUCUGAUGAACACUUUUUGGGUGAAAGUUGUUGGAAAAAGGCACGUCUGUGUUUCCUGAAGUCAACGCACGUGGGGUGAACUUGUGUGUGAACUGUUUUAUGGACAAAAAGAUGUGACAACAUGUACAGGCCAGUGUAGAAACAUAAAAAUGGAGAAUCGGGAUGAAUGCAGUCCGUCCUGUGUAGCCUCAUCUCAUUUUAGUCCGUUUAAAAUUCAAACUUCUGACUGAUAGUCUGGCUCUUUAGGAAUUAAGCAUCUGAUGCAGCAGAAUCAUCAGAGUAUUUAAAAACUAAGUUGACUAAUGAGGAAGAGCACACUUGUUAGUGUGCAGAGUGAGCCCCAUCGUACUCCAGCAUUGACAGAUUUCUGCUUUUAAAAAUGAAUGAUGCAAGCGUCUGAAUAAACAGAGGGGGCAGAGAAUAAGCUGUACUGUAGUGAACUUUUAAAAGAGCUUUGGAAAAGCACACAAAAACGAAUUUCUCUGUAGAGUAAAAUCUGAAGCUCGCACACUUUGCGGUAGUUUCCCGGGAGAAACUCAGCAGGGGAAACAGGAGUGCUGAGCUGGUGAAGUUUUGAAGACUCGAGCUGAAAGUUUUUCUCUGAAUCGAGGGGACGCUGUGACUGCUCGCUCGUUGGCUAACAACUAAUGACAAUAAGCAUACGUGUGUGUGUCUUUAAACUUUAUUUAAUUCAGCUUAAUAAAGUGUGACUUAAUAAUGCAUAUGGCUCUUUUUGAAAGAAGCGUUUGAACUGAUUUGUUUUUUAAAGGUGUCAAAUGUGUUUAGUCUUUCAAUUUAAACUUUAAGCAGAAAGUUUGCUUUCUUCUGUUUUUAUUUUUAAACUGAAAAAAGGGUGUCCCGAUGAAACCCUGCAAAACUCCCACAUUAUAAAUAGAAUUUCCCACUUCCUGUUUGACAGGUUGGACCUUCAGUGUGGAGCACUUCUCUGUAACAAUAUGAAAGUUUUGAGUGUGUGGUUAGUUUUUACAGCGAGAAAAAGCUGGCGAGCGGGGAAAAUCCUUGCAGGAGAGAUCAGAAACUCCACAUGAAAUUAGUUGUAUUGCCAGUAAAAGGGCUGAAAAAAAAUUCCGUACUUCAGCCUAAGUAAUGUGACGCUCCUGAACUGACCUCUAUUUACUAUUAAUUUACAGGAAAUCUGAGAAAUGCAACUGACUCAGUCUUUGUUUUGUCUGUAAAACAUUUCUCUAAACUUUUUAUGAGUAACAGCUGUGACACAGUUGUAAGUAUGAUUUGGUUCCUGAAAAAAAUUGCAGCAAUCGUUAAGUCCUGUUGGGUAAAACUGAACGACGCCACUUGAUACUGAUGCUCACCUGUAGAGACGAUCCAUACCAACGCUGGGAUUGGUAUCAGAUCGAUAAUCUGGCUCUAUCCUCCAAGUUCAGCAUGUAGCCCACUGAAUUGUUUUUUUUUUGUUGUUGUUUUUAGAAAUUAAAAAAUGUACUUCAAACAUGCACAAUAAAAAAUCUCUGAAUCUU